AUGUCUUCCCAGCAGCCGCAAGAGUCGGUCGUCUUUGGCAAUGGCUGUGGCCACCCCAUUGGCAAAUACAAGCCGCAUCUUGACCAGGCAGCAAGGGAUGCUGAAGAACACAAUAGAGCCAUGGUUGCCAAGACAGAGACGAGUACUGUGUCUAGACUGAUUGACCAAGCCUCGAGUAUCAUCCCAGAGAGCAUAAAAAAGACGCUGGGCACCACAGACAAUUCUGUUGGAGAAGCAACAGAACCGCAACCAUCCUCAGACCAAUCCAUCAAGGACACACACGUUGAAGAGUUUGUGCGCGACCAGCACCGAAGCAAGCCUUCUGGCGCAAGAGACGACUGA